GGCGGGAGAUCAUGGUGCCAGACGAAUGGUGGCCGGCGCUGUCUGGAGCCUCCGGGGCUGCCCUGGUCUGCUGUUUCGUGGCUGCGGCCGUGGCCCUGCGCUGGUCCGGGCGCCGGUCGGCGCGGGGCGCGGCGGCCCGGGCGCGGCAGAGGCAGCGAGCGGGCCUGGAGAACAUGGACAAGGCGACGCAGCGCUUCCGGCUCCAGAACCCCGACCUGGACUCAGAGGCGCUGCUGGCCCUGCCUUUGCCUCAACUGGUGCAGAAGUUACAGAGUGGAGAGCUGUCCCCUGAAGCUGCGCUCUUCACCUAUGUGGGAAAGGCCUGGGAAGUGAACAAAGGGAUCAAUUGUGUGACUUCCUACCUGGCUGACUGUGAGACUCAGCUGUCCCAGGCUCCACGGCAUGGCCUGCUCUAUGGUGUCCCCUUGAGCCUCAAGGAGUGCUUCAGCUACAAGGGCCAUGACUCUACGCUGGGCUUGAGCUUGAAUGAAGGAAUGCCAGUGGAGUGUGACAGCGUGGUGGUGCAGGUGCUGAAGCUGCAGGGUGCCGUGCCCUUUGUGCACACCAACAUCCCCCAGUCCAUGUUCAGCUAUGAUUGCAGUAACCCCCUCUUUGGCCAGACCCUGAACCCAUGGAAAUCCUCCAAGAGCCCAGGUGGCUCCUCAGGGGGUGAGGGGGCCCUCAUUGGGUCUGGAGGCUCUCCCCUGGGCUUAGGCACUGACAUCGGGGGAAGCAUCCGUUUCCCUUCUGCCUUCUGUGGAAUCUGUGGCCUCAAGCCUACUGGGAACCGCCUCAGCAAGAGUGGUCUGAAGGGCUGUGUCUAUGGACAGGUGGCAGUGCAACUCUCAGUGGGCCCCAUGGCACGGGAUGUGGAGAGCCUGGCGCUAUGCCUGAGAGCCCUGCUAUGUGAAGACAUGUUCCGCUUGGACCCCACUGUACCCCCAGUGCCCUUCAGGGAGGAGGUCUACACAAGCUCCCAGCCCCUGCGUGUGGGGUACUAUGAGACCGACAACUACACCAUGCCCAGCCCAGCCAUGAAGCGGGCUCUACUGGAGACUAAGCAGAGCCUUGAAGCUGCUGGCCACACGCUGGUUCCCUUCUUGCCAAGCAACAUCCCCUAUGCUCUGGAGACCCUGUCAACAUGUGGGCUGUUCAGUGAUGGUGGCCACAGCUUCCUCCAAAACUUCAAAGGUGAUUUUGUGGACCCCUGCUUGGGGGACCUGAUCUUAGUUCUGAAGCUGCCCAGCUGGCUUAGAGGACUGCUGGCCUUCCUGCUGAAGCCUCUGUUCCCACGGAUGGCAUCCUUUCUCAGCAGCAUGAGGCCUCGGUCGGCUGGAAAGCUCUGGGAACUGCAGCAUAAGAUUGAGGUGUACCGCAACUCUGUGAUUGCUCAGUGGAAAGCACUGGACCUGGAUGUUCUGCUAACCCCCAUGCUGGGUCCUGCUCUGAACUUGAAUGCCCCAGGCAGGGCCACAGGGGCCAUCAGCUACACCGUGCUCUACAACUGCCUGGACUUUCCUGCGGGGGUGGUGCCUGUCACCACAGUGACUGCUGAGGACGAGGCCCAGAUGGAACAUUACAGGGGCUACUUUGGGGAUAUCUGGGACAAGGUGCUGAAGAAGGCCAUGAAGAAUAGUGUGGGGUUGCCUGUGGCUGUGCAGUGCGUGGCUCUGCCCUGGCAGGAAGAGAUGUGUCUGCGGUUCAUGCGGGAGGUGGAGCAGCUGAUGACCCCUGAAAAGCGACCGUCCUGAGACUGCCUGCCUACCCAGCUCCAGAAGAUCUGAGACCCAUGUGCUCUG